GACGAAUAACUGAUACUCGAUCAGCAUUGGUUUUUGGCCCUGAAGUUAGUUCAUUGACAAUAAACGUGGGACUGGAUGGUUCGUGUUGUCGAGAGGUUCAGUGUAGCUGCCAGCAACUUUUCUUCAUGUUGAAAUAAACGUCAAAGUCAGAGUGUCCAUGGAAAGAAUACGCGAGAUUGCGUUAAGGCUUCGUAGUGGAGCCUUGUCGGCUGAUGACCUUCUCCACCAAUGUCAACAACGAGCCAGGAAACUCCAACGACUCAACGCCUUCAUCACCCAAACUCCAGAGCUAGCUCAGAAGCAGUCAGAGGAAGCGGGAGAAAGAUACAAGAAAGGUAAACCGAAGGGUAAACUUGAUGGUAUCCCGAUUGCAGUCAAGGAUAACUUCAGUACCAAGGGAAUCGAAACAACAUGUGCAUCUCGAAUGCUGCAAGGAUAUGUCCCACCAUACACUGCGACUGUCGUUCAGAGACUGCUAGACGAGGGCGCUGUUCUCAUGGGCAAAACCAACAUGGAUGAAUUUGCUAUGGGAUCUGGUACGAUCGACUCGGCGAGCGGCCCAACUCAAAAUAUAUGGGGGCAUCCGCUUCUGAAAGUACAAUCCCAUAAUGCAUCAGUCAAACACCAGGAUGGGUCAGAGGUCAGUCAGAGGUCCAUACACACUCAAACGAAGAGCGUCGAGGAUUCUGAUUGGUUUAUUUCUGGCGGCAGCUCGGGAGGAAGCGCCGUUGCUGUUGCGAGUGGAAUGUGUUUUGCAGCUCUUGGUUCUGAUACAGGGGGAUCAGUCCGCCACCCAGCAUCGUACAGUGGAGUCGUUGGUUUUAAACCUACUUAUGGACUCUGCUCGAGGCAUGGUCUCAUCCCUCUAGUCAAUUCCCUGGACGUACCUGGAAUAUUGGCCAAGUCUGUUGAUGAUGUGGCUACAGUAUUAGGUGCUAUUGCUGGCCACGAUCCCCUAGACUCGACAACAGUUACCAAUACAUUUGAGCCGUUUGAACUUGAUGAAGAAAUAUCACUGGACGGACUACACAUCGGCAUCCCGAAGGAGUUUCAUUUCCCCGGUCUUGAUGACUGCGUUCUCCAAGCUUGGUCCAGGGGUGUGGAUCUAUUUGAGAAGGCUGGAGUGAAGGUGUCUGAAGUCUCUGUGCCUAAUGUUCAGUAUUCAACAGCUUGCUAUUCUGUGAUGGGCCCUGUCGAAGUGGCAUCCAACAUGGCCAGAUAUGAUGGAAUUGAGUAUGGUCAUAGACAUGAGCAUAGCGAUUCAACUGAGUUACUGUAUGCAGCGACUAGACACGAAGGUUUCAACGAUGUCGUCAGAGGACGGAUUCUUGCCGGGAACUACUUCCUGCUUAAAGACAAUUAUGAGAAGUACUUCCUUCAGGCUCAGAGAGUCCGACGUCUGAUUGCGAAUGAUUUCCAGAGAGUGUUUCGUAGUGGAGUAGACGUCUUACUAACACCUUCCUCAGUCAGCGAUGCCAGAACAUAUAAAGACUUUGUAGCCCGGGACAAUCGAAAGCAACAGGAAGUAGAAGACGUAAUGUUCAUGUCGGCCAAUUUAGCGGGCAUUCCAGCGAUAUCAGUCCCCGCCUUCUUGUCACCACAGAGCAUGCCCAUAGGACUGCAGCUGAUUGGCCAAGGGUUCAAGGAGAAACAGCUGUUGACAGUCUCUAAGUGGUUGGAACAACAGGUGUCAUUUCCGUGGCAGGAGCUUCAGAGGUCACUGAGGUCAAUGGACAGAUGACCCAGGUCAACCCAGGUCAAGUGGUUAGACUGCAGAACUUGCAAUCACAAGGUUGUGGGUUCGAAUCCCCCAGCUUACCGCUGAUUUC